AUGUAUCCUCAACUUCUGCUUCCGUGUCCGCUUUGCCGUAUCUAUUUCCCUUACGUCUGCCCAAGUCACGCACCGUUGUCUUUCUUUCUCUGUCUGUCUGUCUGUCUAUCUAACUAUCUAUCUCCCGCGCUUUCUUCUUUUACUUAUUUUCUUCUAUUUCAUUCUAUUUACUACCUCUCUCUUUCUUUUCUCUCUUUUCUGAUUCGUGUUUCCAUGUGCCUCACACUCUCUCUUAUUCGUAUGGUCUCUGACCAUUUCUCCUACUUGCGUGCGUUUCUUAAAUUCUCCCUUCAUUUAACAUGUUUUUCUUUUUAUAUACCCACAUCUCUCUCUUUCUCUAUUUCUCACUUCUUCUUCUUCUUCUUCUUCUUCUUCUUCUUCUUCUUCUUCUUCUUGAUAUUUAGUCUGUUUCAUUCUGUUUACUUUCUCUCUCUUUCUUUCUUCUCUUUUUUCUCAUACUCACCCUUUCCUUUCUGUUUUUCAUGUCUCGCACUCUCUAUUAUUUUCAUAGCCUCUUACCCUUUCUCCUACUCCCCUUCAUUUCUUAAAUUUUCCUUUCUCAUACCAUGUUGUUCUUUACUCUCAUUCUAUUAUCCACUCUUUCUCUCUCUCUCUCUCACACACAUACUUCUUCUUUUUCUUUAA